AUGCCGGACCUCUCGAUUGAGGAGGCGAACAAGAUCCGCCUGUCCAUGGGCUUGCCUGCUCUACCAGGUUCGAGCACUACCACCGCCACCGCCGCCUCUGGACCCGCCUUCAAGCCGCCGACCGCGGGCGACGACUCAGAUGAUGAGCCUGCCAGCACCAUUGAGACGCGUGAGGCUGCCGGGUACGACAACUGGAAGAAGCUGCAAGACGAGGCCGAGGCUAAGAAGAAACGAGAGGAGCGCGCGGCUGCUAUCAAGAAGGAGCGUGAACGGGCAGCGCGUUUCGCAAAGCUCGAGGGCAAGGGUCUGGCAGAUGAAGCUAUGGAGGACGACGACAUGGCUUGGCUGAAGAGCAGCAAGAAGCGCCAAAAGAAGAUCGCCAAGGCGGAGCAGAUGCAGCGAGAGCUUGAAGAGCGCGAGCGCCAGGAACGCGAGGCCAUGCAAUACACCGAGGCUGACCUCGCGGGUGUCAAGGUCGCUCAUGAAAUCAAUCAAUUCGAUGAUGAGGAUCAAAUCCUGGUCCUGAAAGAUACUGCUGUGGAUGCUGAAGACGACGACGAGCUUGAAGCAGUGUCACUGAGAGAAAAGGAAAGACUACAAGAACGACUGGACUUGAAGAAACGAAAGCGCGCGUACGAUCCCAACGAUAUGGACGAGUCAGGCCAAAAGUCAAUUCUGGCGCAGUACGACGAGGAGAUUGACGGCAAGAAGAGCAAGGCUUUCACACUUGAUGGCCAAGGUCGGACAGUGGAAGAAGCGCAGACAGAUGCUGCUGGUGCAUCAAAACCAAAGAAGGUGGCCAUCAGCCUCGACAUCCUGAAAGACGAUGCGCCCGCCAACGACUACAUGGAUGUUACAGAAGUUAAAAUGAAGAAGCCAAGAAAGAAGAAGAGCAAGAAGGCCAAGCGCGAGCGUAUUGAAGAUGAAGAAGACAUGUUUACUAUGCCCGCCGAGGUGCCCGCGGACGACAUGGAAAUAGACCGAGGGGAGCUGGCUGCACCAAAGCCAAAGAAGAAAAGCAUCUUCGACGAGUCAUUCGUCGACGACGACGAUCUACAGGCUAAUCUCGCAGCUCAGCGGCAAAAGGCUCUCAAGAAACGCAAAAAGAUGAAGCCGGAAGAUAUUGCUAGACAGAUACGAGAGGCGUCUGUACUGCCUGAAGAUGUCAUGGAAUCGACCGAAGGACUUGAAGAACCUGCUCUAAUCAUUGACGAGACUACCGAGUUCGUGGCGAAUCUGGGUGCUAACGCUGAAGAGGUUGCUGAAGAAGAGGCACGACGGAAGCGCAGAAAGUCAAGUCACAUGUCUUCAGGUACCAAGUCUAUGGGCGAUAUUUCCCAUCAAGACUUAGAUGGUGAUGUGGAUAUGUCACAGUCUUAUGCUGAAGCCGCCGAAGCUCAAGACGCCCAUGCUCGAGCCAGUACCCGUAGCGUAUCUCGUGCUCGCUCUACCGAGAUUACCGAAACAGGCCUUGAAGCUGAGAAGACCGUUGACCAAGGUCUUGGCGCUACUCUCGCACUCCUUAAGCAACGAGGUCUCGUCACCACUACUGACGCUGGGGAUAAGAACGCCCACUACCGCGACCGCCAGAAGUUUCUGGCCGACAAGCAGAAGGCUGAAGCCGAAGCUGAACGCCAACGCAAGCUUGCACGUGAACGCGAGCGUGCCUCCUCACGCUGGAACACCAUGACACCUCGUGAACGCGAAGAAUGGGCCCGCAAGCAAAACACAACCGCUGACAUGUCUGAGAGUCGGAAGCUAGCUGAGAUUUUCAACAAAGAGUACAAGCCUAACGUGGAACUUAGCUACGUGGAUGAACAUGGACGACAGAUGAAUCAGAAAGAGGCGUUUAAACAAUUGAGUCACCAGUUUCAUGGGAAGGGUAGUGGGAAUACCAAGACGAAGAAGUAUCUUGAUAAAGUUGCGGCGGAGAAGAAGAAGAUGGCGGAGAGCAGUCUAGAAGCAGGCAAGUCGGGUGGUGGUGGUUUGGGUAACGCAUUGAGUAACCAGGCGAAAAAGAACAAGACUGCUGGUGUACGCCUGUUGUAG